UCUCUCUCUCCAUAUCGGCAUAAGUCUCCCACCAUCCGUCCCUCGCCAUUCCUCCCGACACCGACACGAUGCCGACCGUCCACCUCUUGGACUAUGUCGCUGGAAAUGUGCGCAGUCUGGUGAAUGCCAUUGAGAAGGUCGGCUACCAGGUUGAGUGGAUUCGCAAACCGGAAGAUGUUCCUUCAGCAGAAAAACUCAUCCUUCCAGGCGUAGGCCACUUUGGUCACUGCCUGUCCCAGCUUGGACAGGCGGGCUUCCUCCCCGCUAUUAGAAAACAUAUCGAGUCCGGCAAGCCAUUCAUGGGCAUCUGCGUCGGUCUGCAAGCCAUCUUCGAAGGCUCUCUAGAGGACCCCGAGACUGCCGGCCUCGGCGUCAUCAAGGCCAAGCUCGACCGUUUUGAUGAUUCGACAAAGUCGGUCCCUCACAUCGGUUGGAACAGCGCCAACACUGGCGGCGCCGACAUGUACGGGCUCCGACCCGACUCCAAGUACUACUACGUUCACACGUACAAGUGCCCCUACAAGAGGGGGGAGCUCGAAGCCGCAGGCUGGACGGUGGCUACGGGAACCUACGGCACGGAAACCGGUGUCGCUGGUCUGCGCACCCUCGAGGCCUUCCUCACGGGCGAAGGUGCAAAGGCGCUCGCGUCCAGGCCGGCAGACCAAGCCGCGCUGCCCUCCGCGGCUGAUCUCAGCUUCCAGGACGGCCUCACCCGCCGUAUCAUUGCCUGUCUCGAUGUGCGUACCAACGACCAGGGUGACCUCGUCGUUACCAAGGGUGACCAGUAUGACGUGCGCGAGAAUUCGGAGGGCGGCAACGUGCGCAACCUCGCCAAGCCGGUCGAGCUCGCUCGGCGUCAAAGACGCGUGCGCAUUUCCGUCAUCGCUCGAACGGGGCCGGCCACCCCAUGCACUUUGAAGAGGUCUUUGAGAAGACGCGCACCCGGCCCCCCGCUGGGCGCCGGCAUCUUCCACCGCGAGGAGUACACGGUGAAGCAGGUCAAGGACUUCCUCGCCGACAAGGGGCUCAAGGUGCGCCAGUUUGAAGGCGAUCUGUAG